GAGGUCGUCAAUGGCGCAUUUUACCUGCGUUUGUGCGUCAAAUGGGCAAGAUCAGCGUUCAGUCUACUUCUUAAACUGCUUUCGAAUACAAGACUUUUACGGAGGCGCUGUAUUUAAAUUUGAUUUUUUUCGCAAAUUACGCCUAUAUUAAGUUCUUAAGUUGCAGGAAUCAUUGCAGUUUCCAAUAAAGAUGAAAAUGAAUCGAAAUUAAACGAAAAAAAAUAUUCUAUUGAACUACAUUGAGCAUGCUUUUGCAAAAGCUAUAUUGCAGUGAAACGCUGUGCUUGCUUUUUGCCACCUACUACGCCUUUGUUGUGCCAUGCAUAUGCGCAGCUCCCAAUUUGCUGACCAGUUAUUUGCCUGCUUCCAUGCAAGCGCUCGCCUACUACAUCGACUAUCUGCAAUAUGAGCCACUAUCGACCACCACCGUCGAACCACCGUUUAGUGUGAGUGAUGACGAAUUGACUAGUGUCUUCAACGCCUCACCUACGCCAACGCCAACGCCUAACGUUCCUAACGUCAGCGUGUUGUCUACACCUCGACCAUCAUCAUGGCUUUCACCGUCCUCCAGUGCUCCUGUGUCCACUACUAAACCACCAACAAACGUCAGUACUCCAGCGUCUGGUUGGUGGCAACCACCCGUUUGGUGGCAUCCCACCACAACCACCACUACGGCCAAGCCUGUGGAGCCGCCAACGCCCUCGCACAAACCCGGACUUUUCGCACCGUUAAUAUCGCCGCUUAUCAAGCCGCUACCGAAGCAGCGCAUGGGCUAUGAGCUUUUCGAUGAGAUUGGCGACAAUACAGACGGUUUUGAUAAGUUAACGCUGGCGCUGAUACGCGACAUACAAACGGAGACAGAGCACGAUGAAUUCACCAACGACGUUGAGUCAUUGGACAACUUCUUACGCCUCUACGACGACAAUUACGGUCGCGCCACAUUCGAUAGCGACAAUGCGUUGGAUCGUUGGUCGAGUACGUCGACGGCGGGGAAAAAGCGCGUGCCGCCCACCAAACCGUAUGUGGAGUUCUUACUUGUUUACGAUUUAUUGAAGCGAGAUGCUAAGGCGGCUAACCUCAGCAAAUACGAGGGUUACUCCGAGCAGCUGUUGAUGGAUCUACAUGAAUUGUCUAGUGCAUCGGCGGAGCGCCAAUUGUAUACGCUUUUCAAGCGCAUGAUAGAUCGCGGUGAUGUGCAACGUAGCGACGUAGUAUCGCGCAUACAGGGUAUAAUGAAGGAUCUUGCCAAUCCGAAUAGUGCUACCGUGAAGGCGUUGCGAUAUAUUCCGGCCAUGCCAUUUGUGCCUUGAAUCCUAAAUGUGUACAAUAUUUACAAAUAUUUAAUGGUUAAGAAAUAUGUAUGUAUGUAUGUAUAUAAAUAAAUGCACAUGUGCAAGUUGAUUUAUUGCAUUCAGAAAAUAAAUCUCAAGAAAUAUGUGAAUACGUGGGCUUCUUGGUAUUUUUGCCUUUAGUACGCUCUAUUUGGCUACUUCUGGUAUCGCAGUCCUAACUGUCGUUGGCAAACUACUUGGUGGAAAAAAAAGUUAAUGCUUCUAUUAUUUUUAGUCAAACAAUUUUUCACCUCGCCCCACAAUUCGAUUCUUUAACAAUUACAUAAGUACAUACAUAAAAUAUAGACGAAUAAAGAAGUACGCGAAAAUUCGAAACGAGAAUUUAUUUAUAAUUUUCUCAAUGAUGGUUAUUUUUGAUAUUGUUUUAAGUCAUCUCAAACACAUCUUUUUACAUAGAAAUUAAUGAAAAGGUAAUUUUUCUC